AUGGGUGUUACCAAGGUCGUCCUCCAGAAAGGUAACGGUGCCGAUAAGCCUGUCAAGGGCCAAACUGUUGCUAUGGAAUACACAGUGGGCCGCGGGGAGCUCAAGACCAACAUUGGCGUCGGCCGGGUGAUUAGGGGCUGGGAUGAGGGCAUCUUGGGCAACAAUGAGGUUGAAGGCAUGACGCUAGGCGAGAAAGCUACUCUGACCAUUUCGGCCGAUUUUGGAUACGGCUCCCGGUGA